AUGAGACCCCAAGUCCUCUAUUAUCUCCCCCUCAUUGUGCUGGCAUCUGGUUUCCCGGUGCUAGGCCUUCGUUUACCAGCCGGUUCCCUUCACAAACGUAACUGCGUUGACGAAUGCUUUGCCCAGCUAUGUCUUUAUCGCCCUGACCCGGAUGAUGUCAAACUCUGUGCAAGACAGUGCGCCGACCUAUGUCAGAACGAUCCAAAGUUGAACAUCGUAUUUUGCACUCGUGGUUGCACGUAUUACGCUAUGACGGGCAUAUUUCAUUCCGACUCGUAUCCAGAUGGGAAGCUGAAAAUCAAUAUUAAUUCUACUUGUGUUGGGAAUCUGAUUGGCAGUGAAGUGCAAAUCACGCCUGUCUUAUUGUACAAAAUCAGUUCUUCCAAGUUCCAACGACUCGAAGCCACACCAAUUCAUUCAAACCUCUCUUGGUAG